GAACGCGUUAUUAAAGGGGAGAAACAAGAAGAGAGAAUCGAAUUUUCCCUCGUCGCUGCCGACUCUCUGUUGCCUUCUUGCUUUAUUCGAGCUUUUUCUUUUCUGUUUUCUUCUUAAAGGUUCUUGGGAUUCUUCGAUCGAUCUGAACGCGAUCGGAGGGGAGAAACCCUAGGAUUUCUAGGGUUUUGAAGAGGAAGGGGAAAUGGAUACCGAGCAGACCUUCCUCCGGGUCCAUGCGCGCGUAUCGGGGAUGCUAUCCCAGCUCCUGACUCCAAGGAUCCGGUUGGCGCUCGAGUACGGGUACCUCGCCGUGGCGGUGGCGCUCUUCUGCUUGCUUGUUGUCAUGCACACCAAUUUCGUGCAGCAGCCGGGAUGUUCAAGCGAGUUUUCUGGAAUUGAAUUUACCGAAGCUCAACUUGUCCACAUAAAGAUAAUCAGUGGGGGACUGUGGGCUCAGACUGCAGCUGACCAGAACAUUGUGGAUUUCCAGCAGGAAACUUUGACUGAGAACUCCAAAAUUCCUGAAGUGAAUGGAGAUGGGUUUACAAUUUUGACAGCCAAGUUUUGGUCCAACUGGUUAGGUUCUGGUGCUAGAAGGAGCAAAUUGAUAUUUAGAUCUUGGAAGAGUGACAAAGAGUUUCUUGAGCCUCAAUUGGAAAAUGCAGCUGAUGGUAGCAUCAGCAAAGCUGUUUUGGAUGAAACAGAUAUUAAAGCUAGUACAGAAGGUCAUAAAGGCCUUCCUUUGUCUGCUAGAGAGUCAUUCAAAGCAGCAGUUCUUCAUUUCUUUACUAAGUGGCACGUGCGUCUCAUUUCCUUCUGGAAAAAUGCAAAGCAGUUUUCUCAGAGCAUCUUUCAAUUAUUGACUGCUGCAAGGUGGAAUGAGUCUCUGGAUAUUUUAAAGUGGUUACAAGCACUACGCAUGGAAAAUCUUAGCUCGCUGAUAGUGCAGUGGCUUGAGAAGAGAAGCAAAGCAUUUGAGCCAACAUAUCUAUACACUGUUGAGAAGGGAUUUUUCUUGCUUCCUGAAGGAGCAAAAUCACGACAUAACAUCCGAGCAAUUAAUACUACAAUUUCUGCUCUGAAUCCCUGCUUUGGAAACAGGUGGCAACAACUUCUGAUCAACAGGCUCGUUGGUUAUGAUACAAUUCUUACAAAUAGUUUAUUGAAUUACCCCGGUCAAGGUUAUCUGUAUAACUUUCAAACAAAGGAAUUUUAUGAUCUUAGUUAUGGACAUGAAUUAGGGGAAGGUCCUGCAAGAUUUGGAGACUACUUUGUGACGAAAUGUGGCGUGCUUAUUAUGUCACUAUUUGUUUUCUUCACGACAACCAUGUCUGUCUCAUUUACUUUGAGAGAAACACAAUCUCGCAUGCUUAAGUUCACAGUGCAGCUCCAGCACCAUGCUCGCCAUCGGCUUCCCACAUUCCAGUUGAUAUUUGUGCAUGUGAUUGAAUCUUUAGUUUUUGUUCCGAUUAUGAUUGGAAUCCUGUUUUUUCUAUUUGAGUUUUACGAUGACCAGCUACUUGCAUUCCUGGUUUUAACUCUUGUAUGGUUGUGUGAACUAUUUACAAUGAUCAGUGUGCGUACAUCGAUAUCUAUGCAGUUUUUUCCUCGCUUCUUCUUGCUCUACUUUCUGGUUUUUCACAUCUACUUCUUCUCGUAUCCUUAUGGUUUUUCAUAUCUCGCUUUCUCUGCAACUGCUGCAUUCAUGCAGCACUUAAUUCUUUAUUUCUGGAAUCGCUUUGAGGUUCCAGCCCUUCAGAGGUUUAUGAGGAACCGAGGUCAGAUGCAGCAACAGGCUGGUGUUCAGAUCACAUCAUCAACCAUCUACACCUCGACUGUGCAUAUUGCUAGAGUAAAUGUGAGAAACAGUGGUGUAAUCAGUAAUGAGGUUGGAGAUGGACCCAGACUUCAUUUGGGACCUGAUCGUCCGGGGUCUGCUGAAAGUACAGAAACUCGAGAGCAGUCAGUGAGGGACAGCCCUGAUUCAGGAAGCAAUGACCUCCACUUUCCAGCUCUCGGUCCCCGACAAACAGGAACUGCUCCUGGCUCCAGCCUACUCAACCCAUUUAGUUCCCUUCUGCUUUGGAUCUUAGGAGGAGCUUCGUCAGAUGGCAUUGUAUCAUUCUUUUCUAUGUUCAGAGAUGUGCGAGACCAGGGCCAAGUAUUUCCAGAAAACCCCCCAAAUGGAGAAGUUGUAACAUAAGUUUCUACAUUUUCCCCAGUUUGAAGGGAAAGAUAUCCAGAUCCUCAGUGGGCAACAGACGACAAUUUGUCGCAGGGAAGAUAUGAUGCUGGGCUUCAUUGGGUUGUGGUGGGUGCCACAAACAUAAUGGCCUGCACCUUGUUAUAGAAAUGGCUUGGUUGAUAUAGUCAUUGUUCAAGCCAUUGUUUUUAUUUUGUUUAUUUUGUUUUUUUUUAAUCUUCCAUGUAAGCGGCUUGUAUCAUAAAUUUGUACUGUUUAUCCGAGUGGAACGGAACCAAGUAAAUCCUACUUGUAACGAUGAAAUGAAAUGUUAUAUUGGCCAUUUGCAGGUGGAACCUUAUGAAAUUAUAAA